UUAUACCCGCGGGAGACUGAAGACACUGACCGGAGACAAGAUGAAGAUGAAGAGAACCGGCUGCCGCCAUCGAAAGGGGUCUUUCAAUCCUCCGCCGCCGCCUACUCCUCAAUUCCGCCGCGAUUCCGAUGUCAGCUUUGCCAGUAGCCGCCCUUCUUCCAUCGGAAUGGCUCGUCCUGCCGCCGCCUCCUCCUCCAUCAAUAUGUACAAAGAGCGAGCUGUUCAAAUUUCCGCUGUCAACUCCAUCAAUUCGUCUCUCAAGGAGCUCUUCUCUCACUCCUUCAACGUAACAUUCAAACCCUUCUCUCCUCCUUCCCUCAAAGAUCUCACUGAUACCAUCCAUUUGCUUCUUCAAUGUCUCGAUUAUCACUCGACUAAGCUUGAGGAUGAUCUCCCCAUUAUCCUCAAAUCUCUUGGUUAUCCCUUCAAAAUCAAUAAAAGCAUCCUCAAGAACCCCCCUGCUCCUCAUCAGUGGUACCAAAUUCUUGCCCUACUUCACUGGCUUGUGCAGGUUUCUGUUUAUAACUAUAACCUUGCAAACGAUUCGAAUUCGUUUAUUACGGGUAACGAUGUGAAUAUAUAUGCGCUGAAUAACUAUGUACAAUAUAUACGUGGGGAUGAUGAUUUGGUGGAGGCUUUGGAUCAGGAGUUUAUGGAGCGGUUGAAGAAAGAGAGGGAUGAUGUUGUUGUAAGCUUGAAGGAAUUAGAGGAGGAAGUUAAGGAGCUCGAAGCAAAAGCUGAGGCCUUGUGGUCGAAUCCCUCGCAGAGGGAGAUUCUUGAGAAGCAGCAGAGUCUGCUUGAAGAGGAUGUGAAGAAGUUCCAUACAAUGAUCGCUGGGUACAGUGAGAAGAUGCAGGAAAUUAAGAAGAAUUUGGAGGAAAAGGAAAAGGAGUUGGAAGUUAAAGUGCAGGAGAACAAGAAGAUUUGUGAAGAGCAUGGAGAGCUGAGGAAGAGGGUGGAUUCUCAGAUGUUUAAUAAUAGAGAUGUGGUAAGGAUGAGGAGAGAAUUGCAAGCUGUGGAGAGGGAUAUCAGUGAUGCCGAAGUCUCCAGGAACGUGUGGGAGGAGAAGACAUGGGAUCUUCAUGCAGCUAUGGGGAAUAAAUUUAAGGAGCUUGAGGUCAUGGCUAUAGAAUGUAACCAGGCUAUGAGGAGAUUAAAGCUCGAUAAUUGUCAUCAGUAUUUCCUGAAUGCAAAGGGGUCAACACCAACUGAUGUGAUGGGGAUUGACUAUAAGACAACCGUUAAGCCUGCACUCGAUUCCUUUGUAGAGGACAUAAAAAAAAGUUCCAUGGUGAAGUUGGACGAUUUGAUUUCUCUCAGGAAACAAUCAAGUGAAAAUACUGCUAAAAUUGAGUCGAGACACAAUGAAAUAGCUUCCCUUCAAUCCCAUAUUCAUGAAGUUGAAACACAACUAAACUCCUUAAAAGAUGAAAUACGAGAUCAUGCAUUGAGAUGCUCCACAGAAUCUAAGAAGAUGGUUGAGGAUGUUCAACAAAAAGCUCAUAACUUAGAUCUGGUGGAAAGAGAAGCAUUGGAGACUUUGAAGAAUGCCAAAUUGAAGCAUGAGGAAGCAAUAAAGCAAGGAGAAGAAGAAAUUCAAAUAUGUGCUCGUGAACUAGUUUCAUGUGUUGACUCUGUCUCAGAAUAUAAAGAAUUUGUUAGUUUCAAAAUUUCAGAUAUGAAGAGCUACCUCUCCAACAUUGCUGUCGGUAUCUCUGAGGCUUACAAAAAUUCUUUGCCUGCCCUGCAGAAUUCGGCGUUUGAGUUUCCAACAAGCCUGCUAGAACUUUUAUCGGCCACCCGACUCUGAGAAUUUGCCUGCCAUUUUGAAUGUGGAUUACUUAUAUACGCAUCUUUUUGUAAA